AUGUGCAGCAACUACUACGGAAACUCCUGUGGAGGCUGUGGCUACAGCUCUGGCUGCGGCUAUGGCUCUGGCUGCGGCUAUGGCUCCGGCUGUGGCUAUGGCUCAAGAUAUGGCUAUGGCUGUGGCUAUGGUUCAGGCUAUGGCUGUGGAUACAGCUCUGGCUCUAGCUGUGGCUAUGGUUCCAGGUACGGCUCUGGCUAUGGCUGUGGAUACGGCUCUGGCUAUGGCUGUGGAUAUGGUUCCAGAAACUCCUGUGGAGGCUGUGGCUACAGCUCUGGCUGUGGCUAUGGCUCAGGCUCUGGCUGUGGCUAUGGCUCCAGGUAUGGCUGUGGAUACAGAUCCAGGUAUGGCUGUGGCUAUGGCUCAGGCUACGGCUCAGGCUACGGCUGUGGAUACGGCUCUGGCUAUGGAUGUGGAUACGGCUUAGGCUAUGGCUGUAGAUACGGUUCCAGGUACGGCUGUGGAUACGGCUCUGGCUAUGGAUGUGGAUAUGGUUCCAGGUAUGGCUGUGGAUACAGCUCUGGCUGCUGUAGCUACAGAAAAUGCCGCUCUUCUUGCUGCUAG